AAAAAAUUGUAGCAUUACAAAAAAACAUGGCUUCCAUCACCAUUAUGGAUUCAUCAGAAUCUGCAUACUUAGAAUACAUUCAACAAUACCUUCUUGAGAAUGAUUCAAUCAUUUUUACUAAUGAUUCUAAAUUAUGUCAAGCUGGUUCAAACCCUAAUUGCGAUAGCAUUUUUGAAACAACUUCUCAUAGUGAGAGUCCUACCGGUGCCUCGGCAGGACGUGAAGUGCACGCGCCUCCAACAUGGAAGCGUUAUAGGGGUGUGAGGCGUAGGCCGUGGGGGAAGUUUGCCGCUGAGAUUAGGGAUCCAAAAAAGAAUGGGGCUAGGGUUUGGCUUGGAACUUAUGAGACUGAAGAAAAAGCGGCUAUAGCAUAUGAUAAAGCAGCUUUCAAAAUGCGCGGUCGAAAGGCCAAGUUGAAUUUUCCUCAUCUCAUUGGCUCAGACGAGAAAUCUGUCUUAUCGUCUGAGCCAAUAAGAGGAUCCGCUGUAAAACGGAUCUCUCCAGAACCUUCUUUGCCAUCCUCACCUUCAUCGGAGGAUGAUUCGAACUCGCCGGGGUCAAAGAGGAGAAGGAACCUAGCGGAUUUACUAAACAAGAUAGCCAAGAAUAGAAACCAAGCUAAUAAGGUGGUUAAAAUGGAUCCAGAGGCAAAUGUUGCUGAUUAUUGGUUGAAUGAUGAAUUCAAUAUGAUUCUAGUUUAAAUUGAAACUUCAUAGUGCUUUUUGCUUUUGAUUCUUUUUUCUUUUUUAGUUUUUUGCUGUUCGUGUUGAUGAUCAAGGUUUUUUGCAUACCACUGAUGAUGAAAUUCAAGUGGUUAUGUUUGUCAAUAGAUUUUGGAUCAAUAAAACACAGCAUGGUAUGUUG